AUGAUGAUUAUCAACAUGAAACAUCGGGCUUCCGAAAGGACCAUUAAUCGCUUUUCCAUCUUCUGUGGUCCCAUGGCCCAGCUCUGCUUUGUUCUCUUCUUACCAGCCAGCCUCAUGCUGCCCCCGAUCAGCCCCUCUCUCUCCCCGGAAGACACCGCCAAUCAUUACCGACAAAACGAGGCCGGGAUGAAAGCCGGCGCGACGAUUAUGCUUCUGAGCGGUAUCUUCUGGCCCAUCUUCUGCGCAGGAGUCAACCGCCAACUGGCCCGAAUCCCCAACCUCAAUCCGACGCUCCUGUGGGCCCAAAUGGCGGGCGGCUCGCUCGGGGGUGUGUCAAUGAUGCUGCCGGCCAUCUUCUUUGCGGCCACGGUCUACCGCCUGGAGAGGGACCCAGUGCUCACGCAGCUUCUGAGUGACCUAUCCUGGUUCUGCUUCUCGUUGUUGUUCCCCCCCUUCGUGGCGCAGGAUCUGGCUAUAUCCUGGGCCAUUCUAUCCGACGCCCGCUCCAAGCCGUUAUUUCCCCACUGGCUGGCCUAUACGACUUCAGGACUCACUUUGACCCUUUAUCCCGCUUUGGGGGUCCAUUGCGUACACCAGGGGGCAGUCGCGUGGAAUGGGGCUCUAGGAUUUUGGCUAGGGGCGGCCGGCUUUGGUAUACAGGUUGGAUUACUGGUUUCGUUUCUGCUGAAUGCUGUAGCUAGGCCUGAUGAUGAUGAUGAGGCUGAGGAACAAGGGGAGUGA